CGCGGGAAGAGCGUGUCGGCCGUGCUAGUGAGACGCCCACGCCACGCAGCGGAGGGCACAGCGGCCAUGGAAAGUCGGUGGAAGGUGGCGGGUGUGGCGAUGGUGGUGACGGCAGUGCUGGCGGCGGGUGCGGCGGCGCAGAACCAGCUCUCCCACACCUCCCUUGCCGUCAGUCUGCCUCUUGGGGAUCUCGCCGCAGCUGCCUCCUCAGGGCAACAAAACACGCCUUCUGAAGCAGACAGCGUCGGCGACUUUUUAGAGCAACACCGUCUAGCAGCGUCUCCUGAGGAUGCGUCGAAUGAGCUGUUACGCAUCACGCCCGUCAAGCUCACACAGGAGGGCACAGUUGAGGUGCUCAACGAGGCCCCUGAGAACCCUGCCAAACUUGUUAAUUCAGAAGCGGGUGAACACUUCUUCAUCGUUGUGAAUGAUUUCACCGCAGACACUGUUAACAACGCUCCCCCUGCCAGUGAGGGACCUCAGGCUGAUAUUCAUAUUCCGGACGACGGCGCUGAAGCUCCGACCUCCGCCGUGGCUGAGGUUCAGGAUGCAGAGAUCAUUCACAGCGAAGAAGAUCCACUAUCCACACAACAUUCUUCACGGAUAGUUAACGAUAUUGACCAAAAUAUCUCGUCACCCGAUGACGAUGCUGAGAUAACUGAUCCGUCCGUUGUGUCGGGGGAGAGAGGAGCCAAGGCUAUCACGUCUAUUGCUCCGGCUGACGCAGAAGUGUUCCAGCACCCUCUUGCCGAAGAUUCUGUACUCCAAGUUGAGCAAUCCUUUGACAUUAUAUCAGAGGUAUUUACAGAGUCUACUCCCGCGAGCACACUGCCUAUCGAAGCUCAGUUUCAAGAUUUGUCCCUGAGAACAAAUGAAGCACCACCUACAACUGAGACACCAGUGACAGCACCAUUAUCAGACAUAGGCAUGGAUGAUGUACUGCCGACUGACUCGUCUGCAACAGAUUCGCAGGCUUCAUCUGAAAUAUCUUUAGAACAAACACCCGAUGCAGUUCCUGACAAAAUAUCUGCAGAGGAACAAACACCUGAACCCUUUCCUCCAGAAAUAUUUGUACAGGAAACAUCACCAGCUCCAAUUCCUGUCAGAAUAUCUUUAGAUGAACCGGCUCCUGAUACUGUUCUUGCUAAACUGUCGGUAGAGGAGGCAACACUUAGUCAAGUUCCUCAUGAAAUACCUGAAGUCACAGCUCAUGAUGGUGCAAGAGAGUCACAUGAUGUGAAGGCUCCAAAGACUCAGCUGGAGACAGGUAGCGCAGAGGUCGAAUUGCCGAGCUUCAGUAACACCGAUGAGUCACUUGAAAGUCCUGAUCCCAUCCAUCCUCCUUCAGAUAUUAACAAUCCAGGCAGUGUAUCUACAGAGGCGGCCCAAGAAGCCUUCGUGCAACAGCCAGUCACGAGUAAAGCUGCUCGACUUGUGGAGUUAACGCCCACGGUUCAGCUGCCAUCUCCUGGAAAUCAAGACGAACUAAAUGAAGCUGCUGCACUUGCUGCCGUUGGGGCAACUGCCGCAGUUAGCUCCUCGGAACCACAGCUUGAGGUGGGUCGUGUGAGCUUCGACGAAGUGCUGUUUGUCCAGGAUCUGCCUCAAGGAACAGGUCGUGCACCGGAGGACACAUUGGAUCCCUUUGCCCCACAGAUUGAAAACUUUGAUCCUAACGCACCGAUAGACGAUAAGAUGCUGGCCGACGUGCGCGAGUGGAUCGCUGAGGACUCUAUUUCCGGCGAACCUUUCAACCACUCGGACGUCAUCGUGCUGCCCGAUUUGCCCAUGGAGGACAUAGAGAUCUUCUUCCUGGCCGAAGACCCUCAGGCAAACGACAGCCCGGCGACGGAGGUGCAGGGCGUAGGCGUGACAAAGGUGAAGCAGCAGCUGCAAAAGGACGAAGUGCACAUAGCGGCGCUCCAUGACGCCAUUCCCUUCAGCCCCGGCGACGUGCAGAUCACCCCGCAGGUUCACGAGGCGGUGAAGGACGCACUGGAAGCUGAGAUCGCCGCCAUGGGAGCGUUUGGAACGAAGGUGCCGGACGCAGCAACAGCACCAAUCAUUCCUCCAGCACCAGCACCAGCUACGAUAACCUUCCCCGCCCCCGCGCCGGCCCCAACACACUUUUCUGGCGCAACUCCAGCUCCUGGUCCACCACAGGCUUUUGAAAUAGAUACGACUUUUGAUCCGGCUUCAGAACAAAUUUCCAAGCCUGGUCCGGCGCACGCCCCGACUCCCGUCACAUCGCCUGUCCCAAAACCACCCCAAGAGCCCAUUACACAGCCAACCCUGGGACAAGUCCAAGGACCAAUUUCACAUGAAGUACCACAACAGAAUUUACAACCAGCACCAGCGAAGAUUCAAAGACCAGCAGCACCCCCACCUGCACCUGCAUACGACACUGCUCCAGCUCCUGCCCCUGUCCCACAACCCACAGAGCCCCUGGCACCGGCACCGCCCAUCACCCAUCGACCCCCCUCCACCAGCCAAACUUACCGCCCUAGACCGAAACCUACCCGCCCUGGACCAAAGCCUACACAACCAAGACCAAAGCCUGCACAUCCAGCCUACCAACCUCAACCAGAGCCAACCCGCCCACCCUACCAAAAACGACCAAGGCCGACUCGUCCACCUUACCGCCCGACCAAACCCACUACACCCUCCACGUAUCCCCCUUCCACACCCUCUCCUCCCCAGGAAUACAAGCCUGGACGACCGCCAAUCUCCUACGUCCAUGUUGGAGAGCCUACACCAGAGCACUUCAAGCCACCCUCGUAUCACGGACCCGUACCUCAACUUCCUACCUCCUAUGACGAUUUCUCAUCCCCACCAAGGCAUCCUCCCCGUCGGCCUCCUCCUUCUCCUCCUCCCCGUCCUGCUCCACCUCCUCCCUCAUAUAAGCCACCGUCUUCUUCAUAUAGACCACCGUCUCCCACAUCUUAUAAGCCACCAUCUUCAUCCUCAUACAAGCCACCGUCUCCCACAUAUACUCAUCGCCGUCCUCCGUCCUACAAGCCACGCCCACCCAUUACGCAUCCUCCUGCGGUGCCUUCCUCGCCUCAGUACAGACCACCGCCCAGACACAAGCCUCCCUCACACACGUUACAAUACGCUAAGCCUCCUGCCACCACACCAAAGCCCCAGUACAGGCCUCCUCCGGCGACGCACAAACCUCACAAGACUCCGAAGCCCAUCCUGGCACCGGUGCUGGUCCCCGCACACCUCUCAAGCCUCGUAUUCCCCAAAGGUGUCACAUUUUCUGGACACCACAAGCCACGGCCUCCCUCGCUCUUUCACCUCCCCUCGUUCUUCAGAACAGAGCGUAAGCAACGACUCCAGGUCCCGGCUUCUGUGGUGAGUCGACUCGAUUCAUAUCAGCCCGACUGGGUGGCCGACUUGGAGCCUGAGCGCCGCUAAAACGAAGCCCUGGCCCCAAUGACCAACUGAGGUCAUCGUGCAUCACUCGCCCUUUGAGGUCAGGCGAACGUACUAACAAAAAAACGAGUCCCACGAAACUAAUCCUUAAACACCAAAUUAUCAGUGCUGUUCUGAGUUUUGGGGAAUGUGAAUGGUUGUCACGAGAACCAAGACGGCUCAAGCUAACUAGCUUCCGUUGGUGCUCCUCAGCGAAGGCAUCGUCGAGGCCUUGACUCCCAGCUCAACGCGGAAUAUGAAAACCUUAUUAGCUGUAGACAGGUGACCAUUGACGAGGGUGUGCAUACUGUUGUUUUAUCAAGGCUGACUUGUCGUUAUCCAAUAUAUAUGACGGGUAAAUAAUUGUUUACAAAUAUUUUAAUAUGUAGAUAAUACAUUUACAAGCUAGAAUGAGUGUGGCAGAAGUGACGUGAUAUGUAUAUUUUUUUAUCGAUAGGCAUUUGUUUAACAAGUGCCUGACGUAGUGAAAUUAAGAAUGUAUGUUAUUGAUGUGCACAGCCGUUGUACGUAUUUAUUAAAUUUUGUAA